AUGCUCAUAUUAUUUAUAAUUACAGUAGCAACUGCACGGCUCAUAACAAAUCUUAAUAAAGGAUGGAAAUUUAGAAGAUCUGAUAAUAAUACAUGGUAUCCUGCAAAUGUGCCAUCUACAAUUCAUAUGGAUCUAUUAGACAACAAAUUAAUAGAGGAUCCUUAUUUUGGUAAAGAGUUGAAUAAUGUUAGAGGAUAAUUUGUUGGGUAUAUAUGAAUUAGAAUUACAUGAUUGGGAAUAUAAAUUGGAAUUUACAAAUAAAGAAUUCAAUUAUGACAUAAAUGAAUUAGUAUUUGAAGGAUUAGACACUCAUGCUGAUAUUUAUUUAAAUGAUGUCUAAGUAUGUAAAUAAAAUUUAAUAGGAAGAUAUUAAAAGCAAAUAAUUAGCAUAGAACAUGGAGAGUGAAGAUUUAAAAUUUAUAAGUUUAAAAUACUUUAAGAAUAUAUUUUCAUUCUGCAGCAAGACAUGAUAUUAUGAAAUAAUUAUAAGAUAGUCCUUUGAAUUUACCUUAAAAUUUUACUUAUUCUCGAAAAGCUGCAUAUCAUUAUGGAUGGGAUUGGGGACCUAGAAUGGUGACAUGUGGCAUAUGGAAAGAUGUUUAUUUAGAUUAAUAUAAUUAUGGAAGAAUUAUAAGUAUGCAUGCUAGAGCAUUAGAGAUUUAUGAAAAAAAUGUUGUUAUUGAAAUUAAUAUUGAGACUUAUUUAAUAAAUGUUGGUGUUUAUACAAUAUAAAUUUAUUUCAAAGAUUUAGAUGAAAUUAUUAUAAAUAAUCAAUACCCAUUAAAUAUAAUAAACACUAAGUUAUUAUAUAAUUUAAGUGAUAUUGAAUUGUGGUGGCCAAUAGGAUAAGGAUAACAAAAAUUAUAUAAAUUAUAAGCAUACCUUAUUAAAAAUGAAUCGUAUGUUGAUUAUAUAAAGAUAACAACAGGUUUUAGAAUUGCUUAGUGGAUAUAAGAAAGAGAUGGAGAAUAAACUUAGUCAUUUAAAUUUAGAAUUAAUGGAAGAGUAAGUUAUCUUCUUAUUUAAAAAAGGAUGUAUAUUUAAAAGGUGCUAAUUAUAUACCACCAGAGAUGUCGUUACCUAGAGCAUUGAAGAAUCCUUCAAUAUAUGAAAGAAUAUUUUAAGAUUCAAUAGCAGGAGGUUAUAAUGGUUUAAGAGUCUGGGGUGGAGGUUAAUUUGAAUAUGACAUCUUUUAUGAAUUAGCAGAUAAAUAUGGUAUUAUCAUUUGGCAUGAUUUAAUGUUUGCUUGUGCUAUGUAUCCAGGAACUGAUGAUUUUAUUGCAAAUGUUUAAGCAGAAUUGAAAGAUAAUGUAAAAAGACUUAGAAUUCAUCCUUCUAUUGUUUUAUGGAAUGGAAAUAAUGAAGUAGAAUUAGGAUGGAAAGAAUGGGGUUGGUAAUAAGAUAGGGUUAAUUAAGAAAUAGUUAUACUUUAAUAAUGGUAUGAUUCAUUAUUUUUAUAUGCCAUUCCUAAUAUUCUCAUUGAAAUACAGCCAGAAAUGUAUUAAUCCAUAUAUCAUAUAGAUUUUAUUGGCCUACAUCUCCAUCUACUUCUGCUAAUAAUGUAUCAGAAUUAGGAUCUGGAGAUAUUCAUUAUUGGGGAGUUUGGGCUUCUAAACAUUAGAUUGAAAAUUAUACUAAAUUUAUAGGUAGAUUUAAUAGUGAAUAUGGAAUGCAAUCUAUGAUGGAUGUUAAUAAUUUAAAAAAAGUCUUACCCAAAUCUUAUGAUUUGACUUUUGAUUCACCUAUUUUUUAAAUCCAUUAGAGAUAUUUUCAAGGAAUUCCAUUAAUCUAAGAAUACUUAAAAAAUUACACUAAUUACAAUCUAAAAAUUCACUCAUUCUUAUAAUUAACAUAUUGCUCCUAAAUUAUUCAAUAUUUAUCAUUACAAACUGCUAUAUCCUCAUUAAGAUCUGCAAAACCUUAUAAUAUGGGCACCUUUUAUUGGUAAAUUAAUGAUUUAUGGCCUGUUAUUUCUUGGGCAUCUGUUGAUUAUUAUGGUUGUUGGAAAGCAGGACAUUAUGCUGCUAAAAAGUAUCAUUCUGAUCCUGUCAUCACUGCUAAAUAAGAUUAAGAUUAGAUACAGGUCUUUUUAGUUAAUGAUAAUGUAUUAAAUUAUACUGGAAAUGCUACUUUACUAUUAAAAUAAUAUAAUGGUUCUCUAGUUUAAUCAUGGGAAUAUAAGUAAGUAGAAAUCUCUUAAAGUGCUUCAAAAAGAAUAUUGAAUUAUUAUGUUCCAAAUUAUAAUCAAACAUACAAGUCCUUAUAUUUAUAAAUGAAGUAUUUACAAAAUAAUAAAUAGUUUUUAUUGUGAUCAAAAAAAUUGUGAUUAUAAAGGCAUAUACAAUUUUGGCAGACCCAAAGAAUGGCAGCUUUAAAAACCUGAAAUUUCCUAUACUUUAUAAGGUAAUACAAUCACAUUUUUAUCGAAAUCAUAUGCUAAAUAUGUUUAUGUAUUUAGUAACACUGAUUGCAUCAAUCUUUCUGACAAUUUCUUUGAUUUAACCCCUGAUGUUCCAUACAUGGUUACCAUGAAAGAACCAAGAUUAUUUAAUUUCUUCAGUUAUUAUGAUUUGUUAGUGAAUGCAAAAAAUAGUGACAUUCUGCUAUUUAGUUUUGGAGUAGGCGCACUUAUUAUGUAUAUGAUUAUAUGA